AUGGUACGCGAGACACGACAUCUGUGGGUUGCAAAUUUGCCCGAAACGGUACGAGAGGACAAAAUACGGGAUCAUUUUAAAAGAACCAACGCGUUAUCGAACCAUCCGCUCAAUCAUCCGAGACUGUCAUCUGGCGGCGGCGGCGGCGGAACUAGCAGCAGCGGUGGCAGUUGGUACGGCUGCAACAGUAGCACCACCGUCGCAGGCAGCAACGAAAGCCCCUCGUCGCAGUCAUCGAGCAACACCGGAGCGGCGGCGGCAGAUUCGGCGACCGGAUCAACGGUUACACCAUCGUCCGCUGGCGCGCCACACAACGGUGGCGGCGGCGUGGUCCGGUCAGCGGUUGGGUACGGCUGCUCGGUAGCACCAUUCGACAGUGGACACUCCAACCUUGGUCUGAACCACAGCAGCAGCAACAACAACAGCAGCAUCGGCAGCAACAACUACGAUGGAUACGGAGUGAAGAAGAAACUGCAGCAAUCGUUCGGUCCGAUUCACCGGUCCGGUGCCGAGUCGGAGUCGACCGGUGAACUGCCGUCGUCCUACCACCACAGCAAUCACCUCUAUCAGCUUCACCAAAACCAUCAACACCACCACGGCAACAACAGCACCGGCAACAACUAUCAGCAACAGUACGCACGGUCCCAUCAUCAGCAUCAUAACCGCCACACAUCGCCGUCGCACGGUGGCCACUAUCACCCACAGCCGCUGCCGUCGUCACAUCAUCCGCACCACUACCCGCACUCGGUGCUGCCCGAUGGUGGGCCCGCGUCGAUCGCAUCCGCAUCAACCGCAGGCGCCACCGUCGUGAGCGAACGCCUACCGAACCAUCACAGCGCGCAGCAGUACCACUACGGCAAAAGUCAUCACAGCCACCACCGUAGCUCGGUCUCCCGAUCGCGGUCCCGGUCGCCCGCCAGUUCGUCCUGCUCGUCGACGCCCAGCAACGGCAGUGCGACGGUCGAUCAACCUGGCGGCACGACGUCGGCGGUGGGUCGCGGUGGAGCGUCGUCGGUGGUUGGUUUGUUGCCUUCCUCGUAUGGGCGCGAUGCUCCGCACGGCCCCUCAACAACGCCAAUAGUUUCCCGUACCCUGUUGCACAACAACAACGGCGGCACCACGAACAACAGCACCAGCGGCGGUCACGCUAAUAAUGCAGCUAACGGUUCAGGCCAACAAAGUAGUAGCAGCAGCAGCAGCAGCAGCAGCAGCAGUAGCAGCAGCAGCAGCAGCAGCAGCAGCAGCGGCGGAAGCAGUAGCAGCAUUAACAACGGUGGCUGUAGUACUGUCAACAGCAACCCAGGCGUUGGUGUCGGUGCCAUCGGCGGCAGCAGCAGUACGACGACGACGACGACGACGGGUAGUGCCGCCGGUGCGGGUGGAGCUGCUGGAGGCGGCAUUGGCGGCAGCGGAAGCGCAUCCGCCGCUGCUGGUCUCAGUAACGGCGGCGGCAGCAGCAGCAGCGGUGCAGCAACAGCAGCAGCAGUAGUGAUCAACUGCCACUCGGACGACCAUCGGCCGCUGGCGAUCUGUGUGCGGAAUCUGCCGGCCCGGUCCUCCGACACCUCGCUCAAGGAUGGGCUGUUCCACGAGUACAAGAAGCACGGCAAGGUGACGUGGGUGAAGGUGGUGGGCCAGAGCACCGACCGGUACGCGCUCGUGUGCUUCAAGAAGCCGGAGGAUGUCGACAAGGCGCUGGAGGUGUCGCACGAUAAGCUGUUCUUCGGCUGCAAGAUAGAGGUGGCCCCGUACGAGGGCUACUACGACGUGGAGGACAACGAGUUCCGGCCGUACGAGGCGGAGCUGGACGAGUACCACCCGAAGGCGACGCGCACGCUGUUCGUCGGCAACCUCGAGAAGGACAUUACCGGGAGUGAGUUGCGCCGGCACUUCGAGUGCUUCGGCGAGAUCAUUGAGAUAGACAUUAAGAAGCAGGGCGCUAGUGCGUACGCGUUCUGCCAAUAUUCGGACAUCGUGAGUGUAGUGAAAGCGAUGCGCAAGAUGGACGGUGAGCACCUGGGCAGCAACCGGGUGAAGCUCGGGUUCGGCAAGUCGAUGCCCACGAACUGCGUCUGGAUCGACGGGGUCGGGGAGGGCGUCAGCGAGCACUACCUGGCGGCCCAGUUUAACCACUUCGGCCCGGUCUCGCAGGUGACGGUCGACCGCGAGCGCAAGCUGGCGCUCAUCUACUACGAGCAGGUGCAGCAGGCGCAGGCCGCGGUCAAGGAGAUGCGCGGCGUGAUGCUGCGCGGCCGCAAGCUGCAGGUGGACUUUGCGUCCCGCGAGUGUCAGGAAGCGUUCUUCGACAAGCUCGAAAAGCAACAGCAGCAGCAGCAGCAAUUGUCCGCCGCGAGUAUGGCGGGUUCGGCGACGGUUCCCCCGCCGCCGUCCGCUGCUGCUCCUCCGGGGUCCGGGGCAUCAUUCGGAUCACCCCGGUUCGGUGGCGGCGCCGGAACCGGAGGAGAAUCCGGUAACGCUGCUGCUGCUAGUGGUAGUGCCGUUAGUGUUAGUGUACCCUCCACCACCGCACCUCCCUCGUCCUCAUCGACGAAUCGGAAUCGAACUUUGGGGGGCAGUGCAUCGUUCAGUCGCCCCGGAAAUCCGCUCAGUGCUAUGGGAGGAGCGUUGGGAAACGGUGGCAGUGGUGGUGGUGCGACCAGUGGUAGUGGUUCGCCACGCGUCGAUCCGUUAUCAGUCACCGGAGCUGGUGGCAGUUCACGGGGGGGCGCGAAUAGUGGUUCCGGUGCCGGUGCCGGGAGUGCGACGUCCCGAUCGAGGAUCGUGCGCUAUUCGAGCGACGAUUACUACUCGGAGGGUGCAACGAGUGGCGGUGGUGGUGGUGUGAGUAGUGAUCGGAGGUUUCGAAGCUACGACGAGUACAGUCAAGGUUCGGCCGCCAGCUCGUCGCACGAGGACGAACGGUACGACCAUGAGACGUCUACCGGCGGCAGCAACAAGCUGUCCGAUCGGCUGGCUCCUACCGUCCCGUCCGAAUCGUCGCCAGUCGGCGCUUCCAACCCACAGUCUGGUAACGGACACUCGACCUCGGCGAUUCAGUCGCGCCUGACUGGCGGCGAUGUCGAUCAUCCGCCAUCGGCAACAACGACGACCCCGGGCAGCAGUUUACGGAAGCGGAGCGACAAAGGCUCAGGUAGAUGCUCGGGUCGCUUUGGUAGGACCACCAGCAGCACAAUGAACGGAUCGACUUCUAACGCUUUGUCUUUCACAGGUGGACAGGAUAGCAACAAUAUUCGCUACCUUCAGAAGGAGCGUGUACAUAUACUAGAACAGCUCGAGGAGUGCCCGUCCAGUGGCGAUGAGCUGGUGAGCCCAAAGAAGCGUAUCAAAUACAACUCGGACGGCCAUCAUCACCAUUACCAUCAGCAGCAGCAGCAGCAGCAACCGCAGCAGCAGCAAGGGAGUGAUCCCGAUCACAGCCUCCACCGGCACCACUAUCAUCAUCAUCCGCCGCCGCAUCAUCACCAAGCGAACGACGUGGGCGCGAGUGGGCGAUCGCGCGAUCCUUCGCCGGCACCAAGUGUCUCGGCAGGGGGCGGUGGUGCGGCCGGUGGCGUCGGUGGAAGCAGUGCAACGACUACCGGCGGCGGCGUCAACAGCAAUAUGCACCACCAUUACAACAGCAACAGUAGCGGCCACCAUCAUCCGCACCACCACCAUCACCAUCAUCAUCACAAUAGCAACAACAGUAGCGACAGUGGAGGACAUGGGAGUGGUAUGUUGGGAGCAAUACUGUUUAGUAGCGUCAGUGGCAUUCAGUCAUCGUCGUCCGCGCUCACCCACCGCAAAUCGAUGGAGGUUCGCCGGCUCUCGGAGUGUAACCUGCUGCAGGCGAAGCAACAGUCGCUGGCUACUAGCAGCGGCGGUUCAUCAUUGGCCAGCAACAACAACAACCGCCGACCGUCCAUCGAGAUCACGUCGUUGCGCGAUCUGCGGCACUCGAGCGGCAGCAGUGGCGGUGCAGCAGCCACCGGCAACGGCAGCAGUAACAGUGCCGGCGGGUCCCAUUCGGCGGUGGAAGGAAGUGCAAACAGCAACCAUUCCGCGCACUACACGCACCACCUGAGCAAGCGGCGAAAAGUGAUCUCUAGCGAAGGAGGAGGCCAGAGUCUGCUGACGGCUAGUGGCGCUGCCGGGGCGAGUACGGUGAGCGCGGCGGGAGGCCCCGCUGCUGGAGGCAGCACCGGAGGUGGGUUGUCAUCGUCUAACGAGCAUCACCAUUCGUCGCGCGGCCGUGGCCACCAACUACACUCGCUUCAUUCGCACGAAGCCAGCGGAGGCGAAAGUGCGGACGGUUCCCGGCCCGGGACGCCGCUGUGCGAUGAGCGACCCGAGAAUUUGCUGCUCCCGAGCGAACCGCGCCGAAUACCGACGGGUCGAUCGUACAAUCAGGAACCGCUCGUACUGCCGUUGCCACGCUUUGCGAUACAAGUGUUUGCCCAAAAUCGACUCAAUGCGUUGCAGCAGCAGCAGCAGCAGCAGCAGAGUGCAUCGGGAUCGCCGACGACGACGGUGACUUUGGCGUCCUCGUCGGCUGUGGAUCGCCAUUCGACGGCUGCAGGCACUGCGGCGACUUCGUCGGCACAGCAAAACCUUUCUUCGCUCACGUCGAACUCUAGUCUCCCGGGCCACACUAGCAGCGGCAGCAGCAGCAGCAGCAGCAGCAGCAGUAGCUGUAGCAGCAGCAACAGCAGCACCAGUGGCAGUCGCGCCCUUUCUAGCCCACCACCACCAACUUCGGCACCGGCACCGGCAACGUCCUCCUCGUCGUCGUCGAAACUAACGCUCUACAUACCUUCACCUGCAGUGCCAGUCAGUGGAGGGUCCGCUGCUGCUGCCCACCAGGCGUUAGAAGCGCGGGGGAGCGAAGCGGUACCGGCCAGCCCUCCGCCUCGAGCUCCGUCCGUCAGCUCUACAUCGAGCGACUCGAGCGACCUUGGGUUCGGUCCCUCGGUAUCGCCCUCGCUAGAGGAACGCAUCAAGACCCUGGACGAGAUGUACGAACGGUGGUCGGGCAGCAGCCAGGCGGCGGCCGUUGGUCGGUUGGGCGUAAGCACCCCGGGAGCCGCCACUCCUGUUGCCGGCGGCGGUACAGGUGGUGGAACCAGCAACUCCAGUGAUCACUUUCUGCCCACCGAUCGGCAUCAGCAGCAGCACUACCAGCAUCAUCCGCAUGGUGGUGGCAGUGCGACGGCCGUGGCCAGCAAGGGCAGCUACGUGAACAGUAACCACCACUCGCUUCAUGGGCAUCACUCUCAGCAUCAUCAUCAACAGCAGCAACAACAACCACAACAGCAGACGUCACAGCGUCUGCAGCACUUCAACAAUCACCUCGCUGGCGGCGUGGAGAGCAACGUCCUUCAUCAUCAUCACCACCACCAUCACCAAGGCAGUCGCCAAGCUUCACCGUCGUCCGGCGGCACCACCCCUUCGUCAUCGUUUCGCAACAAACUGCUCGAUCUCGACGUACACGAGGUGCCGCCCUCGGACAUCGUCAAAUCAGUGCUCUCGAAGAAGUCCAUCUUCGAUGAGGAUCUCAAGCGGUUGGAAAACAUUGGCGACAAGUAUGAGCCGCGUGAUUUUGCCAACUACUCGAAAGCCGCCAGCUCCACGCUGGUCGUCGCAACCGGUGCGGCUCCCGUGCCCCCCGGGUGCAGCAGCAGUAGCAUAGUAGCGUUAACUACACCAUCCCUUAACUCCGCCACACAAUCGCCGGUCCAUUUGGCCAACAAAGCCACGGUUCAGUCUCCGGCCAGCAGCAGCAGCAGCAGUGGAGGCAGCCUGCCGGUUCCACUGUUGCCGGUGAUAACGACGGUGGCCACCACCGGUACAGUGGUGGCGGCUGCGGCCGCUGCAACCGCUUCCACUGCGAGCAUACAGCGCGUCGGCAGCAGCGCCUCUGUUUCUCCGCUAAACAGUCCCCAACCUUACAACAGUCCGAACCCUUCGGUCAAGUCCGGUUUGCAGUACCCGUUCCCCAGUCACCCAACGUCGGUGGCGUCCGGGGCAAAAGCGACGUCGCCCUCCAUUAUUGCUGCCACUGUAGCUGGUGCCAGCGACACCACAUCAACGGCGACGACGACGGCAGCAGCAGUCGAUGCGUCGUCUCCAACAACCAGCAGUAAUACUGCUACUACUAGUAGCAGCAGCAACCACACCGUACCAACGACUUCCGCUCAGUCGUUCCCGUCCGUUAAUAGUAGUAAUAGUAAUAAUAGUACGCAUAGCAUUAAUACGAAUAGUGCUGUGACAGCGGUAUGCAGUGCUACUACUACUGCAUCGACAAUACUACCCUCGACUGUUGCUGCUGCUGCUACUGCUGGUGGUGGUGGCGGUGGCGGGAUCGCUGCUCCUACUACUACUAUCGCUGGCGGCUCGUUGACGUCGUCUUCAUCGUCAACAUCCGUCACGCCGACGCCGCCGUCAAUCAGUAAACCAAAGACCAAUGUUUUAAAUAAAAGUAUUAGUUUAACGGAAAAAACAAGUACAAAACCUAGCGGUAACAACAGUAAUAAUUUAAUCAACAAUAGUAAUAGUAAAACUGCUGGUGGUAGCAGCAGCCACAGCAACAGCAUCGGCACCAGCAGCAGCAGCAACAACAAUAGUAGUUCUUCUAGUGUCAAUCACCUACCGUCUUCAUCAGCUUCUAUCGGUGCUGCUGUGCCGCCGCCGACAACAAGCAGUGGUGGCGAAGCCCUGACUCCCAAGCUGCUGUCUGCGCCCGUCGCUACAACGGCAAACAGUGUGGUUGUGAAGAAUGCCUCGGGCACGAUGGCGAAGACCUUAGAGGCACCGUCACCCGGCAGUACAAAUGUGGGAACCUUGAAGAGCGUCGGAAAGACGAGUGCCGAUGAGCAGCCCGCUCAGCCCCAUUCCGCUGCUGGUGAGGCUGCGAAAGAAGAACCAACUACCGGCGGCAAGUCCGGCAAUAGUUGCAGCAGCAGCAGCAGCAGCAGCAAACAUCAUAAAGAUCGUCGGAAACUGUCAACGGCCUCAUCCUCGUCGUCGUCCAGUUUUGUGUCCUCGCCGGUCGGCGGUGGGCCACAAAGUGGUAACCCGAUGGCCGUGGCUGAAGAGGCGGAGCGUGAGGAGGUAGCGAAGCCAUCGUCUGGAAAGCAUGCCACCAAGUCGAGUAAAUCGACGGGCAGUAGUUCCUCGUCGCAUCACCACCAUCGUGAUGCGAGCGAUGGUGGAAGCCAUCAUCAUCGCAGCAGUCACCACAGCAGCAGCAGCAGCCACCGUCACCAUAGCGACAGUGUCAGCAGCAACAGUAGCAAUGGCAGCAGCAACAGUGGAAGUGGCUUGAAGACCGUCUACAAAGACGCCGAGCGGAAUCACGUUUCGGCGAGUGGUGAAGGAACGAUCGGGAGCGGGUGUCGGGGCGAUGAGUUUGACCGCUUGAAACAGGAUGCAGCAGCAGCAGCAGCGGGAUCGAAUGCCAACAACAGUGCAGCGCCGUCCAGUUCGAAGCGCAAAGACAAAACCGAACGAGAUGAUCGUCAUAGCAACGACGACGAUCAUCGUCACCGGAAGAAGGACGAUGGAGCGACGAGCGAACAGCAGCAGCGGGCAACGUCGAAUCAUGCGUCCGAUCGUGAAAAAGAUCGCAACACGGCGUCGGAUCGAGGGAAAGAGCAGCGACAACAGCAGCGUGAUGAGCAGCACUCGGCGAUGAGCACUAAGAGUGUGGCGAAUGAUUCGGACCAUGCAAAAGACGCGAAGGGAGCGCAUCAUAACGCCAGCGAUGAGUUCCCGCCGGCGGUGCUGCACCAUCAGCAUCAACCGCAGCAGCACCAUCAUCCGCACCACCGGGACAAGGAACGUCGGGAUCGAGUCAACUCGACCGGUAGCGGGUCACCGGUAAGAAGCUCAAAGCGCCGCCUCAGUUCACAGGACAGCAACGAGUCGACGCUGGAAGAUGCGGCGGCCACACUGAAAAAGGUGCGUUCGUCGGGCCAGGAAGCUGCAACGGCGGGCGGCGGCCCGGUUGCUGGCAAUGGCUCGAAAAUCAACGAACGGCGUGAUUCGGGCAAAGAAAGCGGCCGAAAGGACACCAGCAAACACCAUCACAAAAGCAACAGCAACAGUAGCAGCAGCUGUGGUCACAACAACCAUCGGUCCAGUGACAAACUUCCAUCGUCGUCCUCCGGCUCGAAAUCCACCUCAGGGUCGGCGUCGAUCGUCAACAGCACCUCGGUGGAGAAAGGUGCUUCGGCAAAGUACCACACGGACAAUUACACGGACACCAACCACAAGCAGCAGCAAACGGCGGCAGCGGCGGCUCAACAGCAGUACCUCCUCGAAGAGCGUCGCAAGGAGAUCGUGUUUUCGAGCGAAAAUCAUCCGACGGAAGCCGAUCGAAGCUCCGGUGUUCCGACGAGUGGUGGUACAGCCCACCAACACCACCAUCACAAGCACAAGGAGCGGUACCAUGAGAAGCACCAGAAGUCCAAGAAGAGCCGCGAGUCUUCGCGGGACAAGGAAAACGCACAGACGGCAGCCAACUUUCCCGUCGACGCCAGCAGUUACGCGGAGAAUCGUUCGACCAGCGACGAGGAGGAACAGAACCGACGGAUACGGUACAAGAAGGAGCGCAAGGAGCUGCAGGAGUUUGCGAAGCAACGAUUUCACCACGGUUCGGCGCCGGCUGGAAGCGGCGGAUGCGGCACUACCGGUGCCCUCGUAACCGAUUACAACAAAGCGCCCACCACCAGCAGCGGCGGCGGCGGCGGCAGCAGUCUGGGAGGAGUGAAGCUGCCCGGUGCUGGUGGCGGACGAGAGCGCACCCGUUCCUCGCAGCCCGUCAGCCGUGCCGAAUCGUCCGCCGAGGACGGAGGAAUGGUGUACGUGGGGGUGAAAAAGUGUCGCUCAAACAGCAGCCGAGGGCGCGGGACAACCAACACCGGCUCCGAGACGGACGAUUCGGACGAGCCGACGAAGAAGCACUCGAUCUUCGACAUUCCCGACGAUGGGCCCAACAUUUCCAUGUACGACAAGGUGAAGGCCCGGUCCUGCAAGAACAUGCAGAAGCAGGAGGAAGAGAAAAAGAUCAAAGCCAAGUUCUCGCAGCUCAAGCAGUGCCGGGCGAAGCGGGAAGAGGGCAAGAAUCGGUCCAAGAGCUGGGGCGAAGACGGUGAGGAUGAUUCCGAUUCGGACGCCAUGCACUCGGACGUGACCAUCGUCAGUGGCAGUGGCCACAAGUACCACCACAACCACCAUAAGGAGCACAACAAGAGCGGAAUGGUGACGACGACGACGACCGACGACGACGGGGACGAUCACGGCCCCGGUCAUCCGGCGACGCCACGGCACGGGCGUCGAAGAAGUCACCCGAAGGGUUCGUCGUUAGCUUCGGAUUCGGAGGAAGAGGCUGCCGGCGGCGGCAGUGGCGAUGGCCAGAGUCAGCAUCAUCACCACCACGGUCGACACGACGGUUAUCAGCAGCAGCAGCAGCAGAAACAGCACCGGGUACUGUUCAAUCGGGACCGAUUGAACGAUCUGUGUGAUGACGAGAGCAGCGAAGGUGGCGGUGCAAGGGAACAGCGGCGUACCGGCCAUCGGCACCAGGACAAGCUGAACUGUCGACGUAGCGGUGCCUCCAUGAGCGGCGAGGAGAAGCGAGCGGCCCGCAAGAUGUCCCGCUCGACGCGCAUCCAAUCGGACACGGAAACCGACGACGAAUCGGUGGCAAGGGGCGAAACGCGGGUCAAGAAGCCGCAUCAACAGCCUUCUGCCGAAGGAACCAGGAUAUCGGACGCGGAAUUCGAUCGCAUCAACGACAAGAUCGGGCGAAUGUUUGCUGAACCGACGGCGGCCGAGGCGACUGGCGGACAGCCUGGAUUGCUGGAUUCGGUUAAGAUCAAAAAGGAAGUCAAAAGUGAAGACGAUGAAGCCAUGGCAUCAGCAGCGGUGCAAGAGGACAGGAAACCAACGACCCUAAAAACGGUGCCGGACGGUUCGCUUGCCGAGCCGAAGGUGCCGUCGUUCGCCCUGAUCGCAAGCGACAUCUCCGAUGACGAUGUGGUGAAGACGGUGAUCAAAUCGGAACAUCUUCCCAAACCAACAGCCACCGGCGCCGGUCUCAGCGUGGUGGCCACAGCAACGGUAAAGCUGGAACCAGCGUCCGAUCCGGUGGCGUACAAAUCGUCCGGCUACAAAGAGCAACGGAGUCGGGUCGAUCAUCUCGGGGACAGUGGUGAACCGACCACCACCAAGCUGGAGCCGUCCGGUGGUGGUCAUUCCGAUUCGAAAAAGAAGCAUAAACGGAAACAGAAACGCAACAAAUCGCUGGAAGGCGCUGCCACGGCGGCUAGCAACUACGAGCUGGUGGCGGCGUCGGAGAAGGAUGGCGUGGUAGCGAUCCCGUUGGCGUCGAUGCCCGUCGAAGGUGCCAGUAGCGGCGAUGCUCCAUCCGUCGUGCCGGCUACGAUCUCACAAACCGUGCCCUGCAAUCCGGUGCCGGCUGCGGUACACAGCAUCAGCAGCACGUCGGGCGGAGCCGCAGCAGCGUCGUACGAGGAGACGAAGCCGAAAUCAGUGACCGACGACCAUCACCCGCCAGCUUCUUCGUCGUCUUCGUCGUCGUACAAUCGGAAGAAACACAGCGGCAAGAAGGAUAAGCGGCGUGAUCGGUCGAAGGAGGAGUACGAAAAGUCUUCCUCGUCCAACAACAGCAGCAGUCGGUCGAAGAAACCGAAAAAUCGGUACAAAGAUGGCAGCAUUGGCACCGCCGCCGGUGGCACCAACAACGGUGGCGGUGGCAGCAGCAGCGUCAACAGCAAGUUCCUCGACAUGGAGCUGUUUGGGCCGAUCUCGGACGAAGACGAAUCCCAGCACUCUUCCGUGGAGACCGAAGUAUCCAGCAUCAGUGGCGGUGGCGGCGGCGGCGGCGGCAGGGCGAAGCAGCAAGGUUCGCUGGAAUCGAUGGAUGAUCAUCACCACCCGAAGAUGGAAGAGAUGGCGACGGUGGGCGAUGGGUUGUCGAGGAAGUCGAGAUCAUCCAUCGAUCAGUCGGACGGCGGCGGCCUGAUGAAGGGAGGAUCUUUUCCGUCGAAAUCCGUCGCUUCCGUCAACCACUCGUUGACCGAUACGGCGGCGAAGGGAAUAACGCCCGCCAAGGCGGCCGUGAGUGGUGGCGCGCACGCAACCAGCGAACAUCACCAGCUGUACGCGGGCGUGGUCAGCCAGGAACCGUCCGUACCGAUCGGCACGAGUGGCGAUCUGACGGAGAAGGAGCGCACGAAGGACGAAUCUUCGUCGUCGUCGUCACGCAAACGCAAAGAGCGGAAGCGGCGCGAUCGGGAGAAGCUGCGAGCCUCGAUGGCGCUGGCCCUGAAGGAGGACGAAAACAGCGUCGAUCUGGAUGAGGCGGGCCGUGCGCUCGAGGCGCAGCUAAUGAGCGAUACCGACCAGAAGGGAGACGAGGUAUCGCCGGUGCCUUCGACCAUCGCAAGCGGCGGCGCCUCCACCGGGUCGCUUCUCAGCGGCAAACGGACGUCGGUGGAUAUGCUCGACCUGUUCCGGUACACCGACGGCGAUGAUAGCCUGGAAACGGCAACCACUCCGACGGCGUACGCGAGCGAAAAACGAAGCGGCGAACCAACCACUUCCGCUGCCGACCACAACCGAAAGGAGAAGAAAAAGAAGAAGAAGCGCGGCAAGGAGGACAAACAUAAGCACUACCAUGGCACCCCAAGCGCAACGGACAACAGCCCGGCCCUUCUGUCAAGUGCUGCACCCGCGCCAACUUCUUUGUCCACUGCCUCUUCGGCAGGUGUCGGAAGCGAGGUGAAAAGUGGUCAACAGCAACCACCGACCACGACGCCAGUGACGCCGUCGAUCAAUAAGCUGUCGCUGGACAUCAUAUCGGCCCAGCAGGAAGAUUCGAAGCACAGCCUCAGUAAACCGUCGCCGAGUUUGCCGUGCCUGCUGGACGAAAGUCCGCCUCCGUCGAACAAACAGCAACUGACGGCACAGACCAACGCAGUCCCAUCCGUGGAAAGCUCCCCUCCAUCGCCCACCGCAACCGUGAACCGUGAACUAACCUGCUCGACACCGACCUACGAGUUUGGCGAUGUUAAUAGCAUCAGCCCGGAGGACGCACCGAUCACCACCACGAAGGGCAAGCGAAAGUCGGACAAACUGAUUCCCGGCUUCGGGCUCGAGCUGGACGAGCAGAUCCACGAGAAAGCGGUCCUGUCCAUUUCCGGAGAGUUUGGCAAGGAUCUCCAGGAACUACAGGCGCCAUCGUCCAAAUCGAAGCCCAUCGACCCGAGCCACCAUCAGCAACAGCAGCAGCAGCAGUUGUUGAAGGAAAAGAUCGACGAAGCGGCAAAGGGCCUGGGCGGCCUCGAGGAGAAGUCGCGCGUAGUGAUUUCACAGGAGGAAACGGAGGACGCGGUCGCGGCGCUGUUGGGCGAAAGUUUCGGCACUUCCAACACGCCCGACUUUUCCGACAUGAUGUACAGCGAUGCGGCCGAGGAGGAGCAGCUGUCGGCCAAACUGCAGCACGAAGAAUCGCCACAGAUCCCGGAAGAGGACGAUGAGGAGAUGAAGAAGGCGAUCAUGAGCCUAAACGCCGAGGAGCUGGACAUUAAGGCGGACACACCGCAGUCCGAGCACGAUCUGCAGAUCGACACGGACACGGACGAUGCCAACGACGACGAGCAGCUGCCCAGCAAUCUGCUGCGGUUCGACAAUCCACCCAAGACACCCGACGUCGAUCUAAGCCAAAUCGGUAAGCCGCUCGCCACGACGGGUGACUCGAAACUCGAGACGAGUCCUUUGACGCCGACACAGCUCGGCACAACACCGUUGGGUGGAUCGUCCGGCAAAAAGGACAGUUCAAGACAGGAAUUACCCAACACGCCCGGUAAACACGUCAUGCCGCUGCCGAGCGAGGAGCCGAACGAAGGAAAAUCUGCGGCCACGGUGAAAAAGCAAGCCAGCAAUCCGACGGACGGUGAUCAGCACCCGGUCGUCGGGGGUCAUAAGAUCGGCACCACCGCAACAUCAGCGAUUCUCAAAGAGCAACUACGUGCCACAACUGCAACGACAACACUGACGACGACGACGACGACGGCGGCCACGGUUGCCGCGAUUACAAUCGCUUACCCUUCGGGGGCCGUAAAAGCGCCCAGUCCUUCGUCAAAUGUCGCAGCAAGACUAGCGGUCCCCCCAUCGCAACAACAGACAUCGGGCACCAUCCGACACUCGGCGUACCUGGGACAAGCCCCACCGACGAUCACGAUCCCGGAACAGCAGCCGAUCAUCUACCAUCAUCACCAGCACCACUCUACCCAGUCGGAGACGAACCCGGUGCAGUCAUCCCGUGGGCUUGGUCUUCAGUCACCCAAAAUGCAAAUGGCUUCACCGUUCGCUCGGACGUCCUCACCCAACACGGCGCUACGUACAGCAGCAGCGGGAACAGCCGGCAGCAACCGCCAAUCACCGCAACUCAGCCCGGUAUUCCUGCCGCAACAGGCGGCCGGAGGAGCAAGUCCACAAACUACGCCAGCAACGCCAACAACCGCUUCACCCUCGACGAUGAUCAUUCACCCAAGCGGACACCAUCACGUGGUGAUGCAUUCACCGAAGCAUAGUGGCCAAACGACCACGACCACAGCAGCAUCGGGGCUUAGCCAACAACCUCCUUACCAACACCUGCAAGCCAUUGGUGGAUCGCGAAUAUCGGCAGUGAAAUCACCUUCCACUACUGCCGUGUUGUCAUCGAAGAUCAACGAAGGAUCGACAAUUAAGACCGUUUCGUAUGGUCCCGGAGGAUCCGGUCCGGUGACCCGAAUCGUUACGCAGACGACACCGACAACUGUCGGAGCAUCGUCGUUAGCCUCGGCGCAGGAAUCGGUUUCGUCCAAAGCGCUCAACAUCGCGACCAGCGUCUCGUCAACUCCGACGAGUGUUGUGAAAACGAUUCCAACAACGGUCCCGGCAGUUCCGUCAUCAUCAUCGACACCGACAUUGCUGAAGGCAAGCACGACCACCGCCAACCUAGCGCACCAGUCGAACCUGUCCGUCACGACGGUUGUGUACGCAGCGAACGCGACUCCGGCCACGGCCAACAACACGCUGCCGAAACAAUCGACGGUGAUGACAACACAGGCGCAACCAACGGUUGUCUGUGCCUCGGUUAUAACCAAGCCAAGUGACGUCGGAAACCAAUCUGGCAAUCUGGUGCUGGCGAACGCACCCAAAGGCAAACCGGAAGGUAAACUGUCGGCCAGUGCUCCUGUAAAUAAUACCAUUUCGACGAUCAUGUCCAACCCGAACCAUCAACCCUCGUCGUACGUUCCGAAACAGUCAGCGAAUGUGGAGCUGGUGGUAGCCAAGCCUCCUUCUGUGGCGGAUGACGUGACGGCGACGAGACCGACCGCCCUGGGCAAAGAACAGCUGCCCGCAGACAUCGACACGGGCAACCGUAACAAAGUGGACCAGGAGCCCGACUCGAAGGAGGACAGUGACUGUUGGUCGACGAAGGAGAUCAACAUUGAUUCCGUGAUCAAGAAGGUGGACGCGCUCUGCUCCGAGGAUGAGUCGGUUACGGCGCAGCCACCAUCAUCUUUGGCACCCGCUGCCGAUCCGUCGAUUGACAAGGAAGCGUCAACGAUUGAAAUGGUCGCCAAGGGUGGUGGAGAUCGUGCAGAUCAGGACUCAAAGGACCACCAAGCCGCCAGGAACCAAUCCGGUGCGGAAGAACAAAAGCAUCGCACGGUGACCGACGGUAUUGCUGAGGACGAAGAAACGGACGAACUGACAGCCAGCAGCGGCAGCGAGUUGCUGGAACACGUUGGCGCUGGUAGCGGUCGUGGUAAACGAGGCACGGGCGUUGGCGGUGGGCGACGUGGUGGUGGCCGUAAGUUAUCCGAAAGCAGCCAUCCAACGGUAAACGAUAAACCCGGCGAACCUACGAACGCGACGCUGCUGGACUCCGUGACAGGGAUUCAAACGCGCACGCGCGGAGGAAAAGCCGCAGGGUCAGGGGCCAAAAGGGGCCGUGGAGCCCGAGGUGGUACUGCUGCUGGCGCUGGUCGUGGUAGUGCUGUAACGGUUGGAGGCGGCGGAGGUCUAAUCAGUGGCCAACCGUUGCCUAUCCCAUCCGGAAUGCAGCAGCAGCUAUCUUCGACGGUACCAUCCGCGGCGGCGGCAGCAGGAGCAGGAGCAGGAACCGCCAAACCUAGGCUAGGAAUGAACGUCGGUUCGUCCGAUGUCUACGAGUUCCACGAUGACUCGGGUGAGGAUGUGUCCAACGCGGAUAAGUUGCAGUCGGCCGAUGGUGGUCCCCGUCCACGGCUGAUACUGACGAUCAAAAAUCAGUCGUCUGCCAUGACCACGGCCCCCGCUUCCGUUCUGUCCAAUGUUGCUCCCAUAACGGCCAUCGCAACGGCGAGCUCCACUAACUUGACCGCCGUCGUGAGCACUGUUUCGACCGUUGCGACGAGUUCUACCGAUUCCAACAACCUGUCGACCGUUGUUUCAAUGCCAAUACCAGCAACCACUUCAUCGCAGCAGCAACAGCAACCGACGAUUGGAAGCGACCCCCUGGUGGUUCUAUCUUCAUCCGGCAACCACCAGCUGCUGGAUGCUGGUGGAAAGGAAGAAACGACACUGCUCGCGAACGUACAUACUGCGGCAGUUUCGGCCGCGGCUGCCGCUGCAUCUGCGGCCGCAAACACCCGGAAGUCGCGUCGAUUGCUGGAGAAAGAUUUCCGCAGCACCGUCGAUGACAUCAUCGAGGACGUCAUCCGCAACGGACCAUCGCCCAAAGUGUGCUCCGGCUCCGGUAUGGCUCCGGUGGUUGCUCAACAGCAGCAGCAGCAACACCACCAGCAAAUGUCAACGGUUGUCCAACAAAAUUCUGGUCUCAGUUUCACGACGACCGUUCAGUCGACGCAACAAUCGACGAUAGUGGCGAUGAACCAAGCGGAUACUGGAAGCGGAGCGUUGCUUCAGCAAGUGGUUUCGGCGGGCAACGGCGCAAACACCGAGCAACAACAGCAUGGAGGUCAACCGGCGCGGCGCACAACCAGACAGAAUGCAACCACGUUGAACGCAGCCACCGGAACGGGAGACAUUCACCGCAAAUCGCCCCGGAGUACCCGGAAGGGCACGAAAGAUCGGAAAACGAGCGAAACGUCAACGGACAGUAGCGACGAAAAGCCUCCACAACCGGCGACCGGCAACGGUGGUACGACCGUGUGCAUCAAGUCGCAGAUCGAUGCGAAAUCGGACGAGAAGCAAAUCGUCGGAAGCACACUGAUCGCGACCACUCCCGUUACACCUAGCGUUCCGGUAACACGCCCGAACGAAACCGCCUCACUGGCUGACAAAUCGAAGGAGAAAUCCCUGGUCGUCAAAUCCCUGGUCGACGAAGCAAAGGCACCGACGGAAUACGUUGGCAACACUGCUGGCACCCACCACCAACAGCAAGCCGCCCCUCAGACGCUGAUCGAUCCAAAGACCGGCGAGAUGGCGGUGGUGCGCCACAACAAGGAAAGUGGUCAGUACGUAACGAUGCCACCGAAUGCACCGCAGCCGCUGAAGAAGGUUAUUGCCGCCGCCGCAGCCGCCGAGCAGCUCAAGGGCAGCUCCUCACCGACCCCGUCCGCGGCGACGCUGCUGAUCGGCAGCAGCCCAUCUCCCGGUGGCAAUCGAACUCCAACACCGAGUUCCUCGACGGUAGCCACGGCCGGCACCACCACCAAGACAGUGGUGGUUGCAGCGGCUACUUCUGCAGUUCCUCCUGGUGGUGGUGUCGGUGGAAUGGUCGUUCAACAACCGUCCGCCAUGAAACCUCAUCCACUGAAGGCGCACGUCCUGAACUCACAGCAAGUUCUGCAGCAACAGCCCCAGAUUGUGAUUAAACCUGGCGGCCAACAACAGCCUGGAAUCAUUACGUCACAGCAACAGCAAUCCUUCGUCACCAGUUGCCCAAUAGUUCAUGCGUCGGCAGGCGGACCAUCGAGCAAGUCAACGCUUCACCCCACAACGACGACGACCGUUUCUAUGGCUACGCCCCACAAGAUGGCCCCCAUCAUAACGACUGCCUUAGGCCAGCAACAACAUCCACAAUCGCCACAAAUAAUCAUUCAGAAUGCAAUGCAACCCUCUACGAUGGUGAUCGGAAGCAAACCUCAGCAACAACAACAACAGACAACGAUCGUCGGUGGCAAGUCUGUUGUAGGGCAGGGCAACACGGGCAUCCAGUUGCAUCCACACCAACCGGGCACCGGCAACCUGUUGAUCAACAUUCCGUCAAACAUGCAUCCGGCCACGGCUGUGCAAAUGUCACCCCGGCUUCAGCAGCAACAGCUGGUGAUCACCAGCGCAAAACCGGCGCAACCUUUGCAACAAACGGCGGCAUCGGCGCAGAUUCUGCACAAACAAUCGCCAGCUUCGCUUGGUUCCAGUGCGACCGGAACUCCGCAGCAGAUAAUCAUACACCGUGGCAAGGCGGGCGAUGUGUCCGUUGGACCACCGCUCCACCAGCAGCUUCCGGCCGGCUAUGCGACGGUGCUGCAAAGUGGUGGCAAAAUCAUGCAGCAAGUGCCGGGAGGAGUGCCGGGUGGACCGGUACUCGGUAACACGAUGGUAUCACAGCAGCAGCAGCAGCAACAGCCACAGCAGCAGCAGCCACAAAUCAUUGGUAAACAUCCGGCGAUUCAAAUAGCCACCAACGCCAGCAGCCUUCCGGUGCACUAUCAAACCGGAGGCGGAGUAGGAAGUGGACCGCAAGCAGGACCGACCACGAUCGUCCACAAGGGCUCCAUCACGACGGUACAGCACAAGCUACCACAUGGCCAGCAACAGCAACAGCACAAGCUGAUCAACGAUGUCGGUGGUUCGCCCGUGUCGCUGCAUAUGGUCGGUGCCAAAGGGCAGCCGAUCAUACAUCAGGUCCCGUCGGUCGGUGGAAAGAUCUUGCAGGUGCAGGCCGCACCAUCAGCCACCCAGACACUGAGCCAGCAAAUGACAUCGGCAGCACCAAGCCCUCCCGGUCAGCAACAACCUCCCCAGCCAGUGAGUCUCACUAAACUUGCGAACCAUCAUGGCUCCACGCCUUCGUCACCAUCGGCGGUGGUAACGGCACAGCAACAUCAGCAACAGCAACCUUCGAAGGGCGUUUCUCCGCAUCUACACCAAGCUCCCCAGAUCCUGACCGGAGCCGUGGCUAGCCCACCGCUCAAACAGUCGCAUCUGCAGGGUCAGCAACCUAUUGUGACGGGUGCGAGCAGUACGCGUGUUGCGUUGCCCACGAUGAGCCCCCAGGGACAACAGUCCACAGGCCACUUGGUGGUUGGUGGACCUCAGGUCCCCGGUCUUCAGCGGCACAUUCUCUCACAGCAGGGUGCCGCCGUGUAUGAAGCUACCUCCAACUUGCGCGGCGAACUGACGGGAUACCUAGGCCGUGGGCAGAGUCCCCCACCGGCACACCAGCAAAUGUCACCAAUAACACCGGUUCAUGGCCCCGAUGGUGGAUUCCGUGGCGGAAUGCCGAGGGACUACGUGAAGUACAUGUACCGUAGCAACAUUCCUAUCCCAAGCAGGUCGCCUAUACGAGAGCUGUCGGAGAUGGAAGAAACGGUAGCCGCUAGCCCGCCGUUAGAACUACGACGGCCCGCCAGUGGUCCGCGUACGACGGCCGUACCACUCAGCCUGCAAAGCCCAGGUGACCGUGUGACGGAUUCUCCCCAAGGAGCUCAGGUGUACAUGGGCAGCGCAAGAAUACCACAUCCAUACCCGGAAUCCCUGAACGCACGGUACUACGAACCUUCGUUAAGUGGACCGACGGGAGGAUCGCGUGCGAUCAGUGCCGAACCACCACCAGCCCAUCGGCCGCACAAUCUGUCCACUUCGGCGGUAUACGCUUCCGGUACUCCGUACUCAGUAACACCCAGCCCCACACCUCCACCAUCGGCUUCGCCGGCCUCAACGAUGUUGCAGAUGCAGCGCGAACGUGAACAGCAACAGCAACAGCAACAGAGCGGUGUCGUGCAGUCGUCGGUAGCCACCGGCGGACCGCCACGCCUAAUCGGGGACCGUGCCUCGGUUAUACCGGGAGGAGCGAUCGUCGGCGGAGGAGGACCACAGGCACCGGGAGGUAGCAGCUACUACUUCCGUAGCGAAGUCGAGCACGACUUAACCGACCAACAACAACAACAACUUCAUCCAGUUGCCCUAGGUCACGGCGCGUCGGUUGUUCCUUCCAAUCCGUUGCCGGCGCACACCGGGGGAGGCAGCGGUCUCAUUCAAGUGAUGACACCACAGUCCAUGAGCAUUGGCCGGAGCGGCAACGUGCAGGUUAAUACUGCACCGCCGACGAUUGGUGGAACCCCGGCGGCGAUACCGGUGGCGGUUGGACCGGUGCAGACAGAUUCGCUAGAAGCGCUUCUGCAGCGCUAUCCGGUGAUGUGGCAGGGAUUGUUGGCACUGAAGAACGAUCAGGCCGCCGUGCAAAUGCACUUCGUGUACGGUAAUCCCAACGUAGCUGGCAGUUCGCUGCCGAGCAAUAGUGACGGCACGACGCCACCGUUGCGCAUCGCCCAGCGUAUGCGGCUCGAGCCGGCGCAGAUUGAUGGUGUUGCUAGAAAGAUGCAGAUGGUCAACGAACAUUGUAUGUUGCUGGCAUUGCCGUGUGGUCGCGAUCGCAUGGAUGUACUGCAGCAACAAAACAAUUUGCAGACCGGAUUCAUAACUUACCUGCAGCAGAAGCAAGCGGCCGGUAUUGUCAACAUUGCUGCUCCCGGUAGUGCCCAGGCCGCGUAUGUCGUGCAUAUCUUCCCGUCCUGUGAAUUUGCUAACGAAAACCUAGCCCGCAUUGCACCGGACCUCAUGCAUCGGGUGGCAAACAUACAGUACCUGCUGAUAGUGAUCGCUACCGUGUAGGCGAGUAAAUUGGUUUGUUGCUAGUGACCGAGUCUGGCUGGCAGAGGGUGGUAACAAUGCGCAUUGACAAUAAUGAAAUCGUAGUCGAGAGCAAUACGACGCGCACCCAACAACGCGUCCAACAACGCUGAAUUGAAUCGCUGAGUCGCCGGAAGAGCAAACAACUGGUUAAGGAAAAAGUGAACGACACACAUUAUUUAUUCAAAAAUAUGUUUCACGCCGCGCCUGUCAUUUGAAAAAUGGUUUUAUGAGGCUUCCGUGGCGGGCAUCGAAAAAUGGAACCCAAACUAUUAAAUUAAAGCACGGUACGCCUAAACAUCAUGAUGGUGAGUUUGAGCAAAUUGCUAAUUGAGUUGAUAAAUGUUUGGUUUUAAGUCUAGUAAAAGUUUAUGAUAUGCCACUUACAGUAUAAUUUUUCACAUUUCAUCAGAAAUUAAGCCCAGCCCCGUCACAUUGUCACAUGUUGGAAUGAAAACUUCGAUAAUGCAUCUUUUAUACUCAAUAUUACUCUUCCGGUUUAAUUACAGCACUGAAAAGAAAAUGUAAUACUAACAUAAAAUCAGGUCAAUAUUAUGCGUGACAAUUCAGAACAUAUAUUAUACUUUUACUAUUCUGAAAUGCAUUUAUCAUCGAUUCAAUUUUCUUCAAUAAGACACAACGUAAUGCUGCAAACAGUCAAUAAAAAUAAAAUGAUGAAUACUGUGAUUUACUAAAAUUUCACAAGUAUUGCCUUUUGUUGUAAAGGGGGAAUGAAUUAGAAGGCAAAGCAACGCAUAUUUAAAGAGGAGCCCAAGCGUUUAACAACCAAACCAUUCACCGUUGCGAUGAUUAUUUCCGGUUUCGGCAGUUUCACAAUUUUAAAACAUGUACUCUUGUGGGCAAGAUACAUGCAUCAACACUCUGUUGUGCUAAACUCUACUGUGUCCGUAAGCGUGUCCGAUCAGUGGCGAGAAAACGGCAA